CUGCUGCAAUAACAAUAAUACAGUGAAACUUCUAGAUUUUCUGCAAAAAUUAAGAUAGCAAUCAAAUUAGCGUUAGUUAACUUUCCUCAAUAAGUCAAUUUAUGCAUUGGUGUUGGACUAGUUAGAGUGGAUAAGGUCGCAAGUUGGUCGUCGGCACCUUGAGUCAGAUUUGGCGUAAAAAAACUUAAUUUCAAGUUAAGUUAACAAUGCGGACGGCGUCAACUACUGCAGGGGAUUGGGUUCAUAUCCGGAAUCCAGUGGGUGGAACGCCUGACUCGCCUGGGAUAAGCCCCUUCGUUUACUGGGCGCAAACCGAGUCCAGUAUCAGCUUGAGGGUGGACAUUCGAAAUGUGAAGGACCCUAAAAUCAAUAUUGAAGAUUCGAAAGUGUCGUUCGACGCUGUUGGAGAAGGUGCACGGGGAGAAUGUGAAUACCAUUUCGAACUUGAUUUGCCACACGAUAUUUGUCCAAAGAAAAGUACAUUCCGCGUUCUUGAUCGUGAUAUUACGAUCCACCUUCAAAAGAAGGAGAAUGGAUGGUGGUCAAAAGUUACGACGACGCAUCGAAAACCGGCGUGGUUAAAGGUUGAUUUCGACCGGUGGAAAAGCCCAGAUGAUGAUGAACCAGAACUUGAGCCGAAUAUCAUGAAGGAUUAUCCAAAUAUGAUGGACUCGUUGAGAACGGAGGAGUUUGGUUACAAAGUUGAAAGUUUGCGGAAAGUAUAUCUCUUUUUGUACAACUUGUUUCAAUUUGUGGGAUAUCUCUACAUUGUUUCUGUGCUGACCAUUCGCUACUUGAAAGAUGGUCAAGAAGCGACUCACAAAGCUUUUGACCUUGUCGGAUUCACAAUGUGCUACUGCCAAAUUCUACAAAUGUUGGAGAUCGCUCAUGCUGUAUUUGGCUUUACAAAGACAAGCAUUCCCAUGUCCAUAAUGCAGAUCAUGGGACGGAACGUGAUUCUUUUCGGAACUAUUAAUCCAGAGGUUCGCCUACAUAGCCAUUCUUUCAUUUUCUUCUUGUUUUACAUCUGGGCUCUCGCGGAUAUCAUUCGCUACCCGUUCUACAUGAUGCAAAUGUACAACGUGAAACCGUACUUAAUGACUUGGCUGAGAUACAGUUGCUGGAUUCCACUAUAUCCGAUGGGUAUCUUGAGUGAAUGCGUUAUUAUAUUCAACGCAAUAACGUUCUUUGAAGAGACACAAAAGUUUUCCCUUUUGUUGCCAAAUUCACUAAAUGCGACAUUUUACUUCCCCGCACUGAUGCGUAUCUACUUGCUUUUUGGUGUUUUCCCAGCGACAAGUUUCAUCAUCAAGUCAAUGUGGCGUGGAAGAAAGAAGGUUCUCGGGACACCAAAAAUUGUGAAAGUCAAGGACUAGAGCCUUUUAAUAUAUUUUUUACUUCAUAUUCUUUUGCCAUACUAUUGAAAUGUGACAACAAUUUUCCUGCUUUGAACAUUGUUUAUUGUAUACAAAUUGUUGCACUUUCUACUUGUUGCGUUCCUGUUUAUUGCUCAAAUGCCCUUUGUCAAACGAUUUGGUCGCAAACCGUUAUAAAUUCUUGUUGUUCGAUUUACAAAUAUAAAUCGGACACCUGCCAUGGUGGUUUAAUGUAACAAUAAGUUUGAAAUGUAUGUAGGCUUCUACUUAUACAUGAAUUAAAAUUUUAGCUUUACCUA